GUGCCGAUGUGAAGUCGAAUUUUGUUAGAAUUCUCUGUUCUUUCAACUGUUUGGAGAGUGCCUUCGGAGGGGAUGCUACGUCGGUUCUACCGCAUCGCGUCCUCGCCUCGGUUCGCGCACAUCGGCCUUCUCCGCCAGGUUUGCGAUUCUCAAUUCUUUCAACUCUCUUUUAUACCCAGCUCACUGAAUCGCGCAAUAGACUGUUGGGAAACCAUAUUUCUGUCGAACAAUUGCCAACAUGACACUAGCACGCUCUACAGAUCCCUUGGUGUGGAUCGACUGCGAGAUGACUGGCCUUAACUCCGACACCGACAGCAUCCUCCAAAUUUGCUGCUUCAUCACAGACCACCAACUCCGCAUCCUCGAACCCACCGGCUUCGAAGCCGUCAUCCACCACCCCAAAUCCACCCUUGACACCAUGUCCCAAUGGUGCGUCGACACCCACGGCCGCACCGGCCUGACCGCUGCCGUGCUCGCAUCAACAACAACCGCCGACAUGGCCGCCGCCGACCUCCUCGCAUACAUACGGAAGUUUGUCCCGGAGCCGCGAACGGCGGUGCUGGCGGGCAAUAGCGUGCAUGCGGAUAAGGCGUUUCUGGCACGGGGCCCGUAUGCGUCGGUGUUGGAGUGGUUGCAUUAUCGGAUUCUAGACGUGAGUGCGAUCAAGGAGGCUGCUAGGCGGUGGGGAAGCGAGGAGUUGUUGCAGGCGGUGCCUCCUAAGAGGGAGGUGCAUUUGGCCAAGGAUGAUAUACUGGAGAGUAUUGAGGAGAUGAAGUUCUACAGGGAGCGAUUGUUUGGGGUGUGAUUAUGUUGUGUCCACGCCUGCCCAGCAACCUCGUACGUACCCUUUCGCUACAUACUAAGAGGAUGUUGAGCAAUCUUCCCAACGGUUUUUGUGUUGCUCUGCUGUCUCGGUUUUUUGUGCAAUAUCGGAAACCUUAUCCACCGGGCUAUUUGCAGACUAUUUCGGUCCAGCCAGAGCUCCCGCCCAAGCUUUCAACCAUCACGACGGGAACUCAAACACAAUCGCAUUG